AUGCAGAGGGACAUUAAACAUCUGUUACAGCAGAGUCUGGUGCAAGAAUAGCAUGUGGAUUUAAUAGAGCAAUAACUGAAACAACUGGGGCAGCAGACUCACCAUAAAGGAGGUGUUUGAAGCAGAAUCAAAAGUUAUAGAGAAAGGAAACUCCAACAGAUAUCUGGCAAAGCCAUUUGCUGAGCAGCAGCAUUAUUAUUAUGGAGGAGGAGGAGGGAGGAAAAAGCCCUCCAGAUGGAGUUUACGGAGAACCAAAAAAAUAUGACCCAAGUUUCAAAGGUCCAAUUCAAAACAGAGGCUGUACUGAUAUAUUAUGCUGUAUUCUCAUAGUUAUCGCUAUUAUCGCUUAUGUGGCUGUUGGAAUUGUGGCUUGGACAUAUGGCGACCCACGUAAGGUCAUCUAUCCCACUGACAGCAUGGGAGAAUUCUGUGGACAGGCUGGAACUGUCAAUGAGAAGAAACCUUUCCUCUUUUACUUCAAUAUCAUGAAAUGUGCCAGCCCUCUCGUACUGCUUGAAUUCCAGUGUCCAACAACACAGAUUUGUGUGGAGAAAUGUCCGGACAGAUUUCUUACCUAUCUCGGUGUUGCUACCUCUCAAGAAAACUUUGAAUAUUACAAACAGUUCUGCAAACCCGGGUUUAAUAAUUUUAUCAAGAGUCCAGCAGAGGUAUUAAGAGAUAGAGAUUGUCCUGCAAUGAUUACACCAAGCAAACCUUUCACCAGAAGAUGCUUCCCUGCUAUUAACACACAAAAGGGUGUUAUCAUGGUUGGAAAUGAAACUACAUUCAGUGAUGGAGAGGGUAACAAACGUCGUAAUGUGACCGAUCUCCUGGAAGGAGCCAAGAAAGCCAAUGUGGUUUUAGAGGCUCGGCAAGUGGCCAUGAAAAUAUUUGAAGAUUACACUGUGUCGUGGUAUUGGAUAAUAAUAGGUUUGGUAAUUGCUAUGGUGAUUAGUCUCAUAUUCGUGGUCCUUCUGAGAUUCUUGGCCGGUAUUAUGAUCUGGGUCAUAAUAAUUUUGCUUAUUGCAGUAAUGGGUUAUGGAAUUUUUCACUGUUAUAUGGAAUAUGCUCGACUAAAGGGGGAAUCCGGAUCAGAUGUGACCCUUAAAGAUAUCGGAAUCCAGACAGACUUCCGUGUAUAUUUACACUUACGACAGACCUGGCUGGCAUUCAUGAUCAUUCUCUGCAUUAUGGAAGUGGUUAUUAUCCUGCUUCUCAUAUUCUUGAGGAAGAGAAUAAUGAUCGCAAUAGCCCUGAUUAAGGAAGCAAGCAGGGCAAUAGGACAUGUAAUGUCGUCCAUUGUUUUCCCUCUUUUCACGUUCUUGCUUGUGUGCCUCUGCAUCGCCUAUUGGGCCAUCACGGCUGUUUUCCUCUCCACCUCUAAUGAAGCCAUAUAUAAAGUAUUUAAUGACACUCAAUGUGAAUAUGCUGGCAAGAACUGUGACCCAGAGACAUUCAACACUACCAACAUCACUAAAGUAUGCCCAGAUGCCCGUUGCCAGUUUGCUUUCUAUGGAGGAGAGACUUAUUAUCAUAAGUACCUCAUAGUCUUCCAAAUCUACAAUUUCUUCAUGUUCCUCUGGCUGGCCAACUUUGUCAUUGCUCUGGGACAGGUGACAUUGGCUGGAGCCUUUGCAUCCUAUUAUUGGGCCUUUAAAAAACCAGAUGACAUGCCGGCCUUCCCCAUCUUCUCCUCCUUUGGACGGGCGUUAAGGUAUCACACAGGAUCCCUUGCAUUUGGAUCACUUAUUCUUGCCAUUGUUCAACUCAUUAGAAUCAUGUUGGAAUAUCUUGACCACAAAUUGAAAGGAUCAGAAAAUAAAUUUGCUAGAUUCCUCCUGUGUUGUUUGAAAUGCUGUUUUUGGUGUCUUGAGAAGUUCAUCAAAUUUCUUAAUCGCAAUGCCUACAUCAUGUGUUGCCGUCCUGGAUAAAGUUACAGACUUCCUUCUUUUCCUGGGUAAACUCCUUGUGGUGGGAUGCGUGGGGAUUCUUGCCUUCUUUUUUUUCACUCAUCGCAUCCGGAUUGUGCAGGAUACUGCUCCCAAUCUUAAUUAUUACUGGGUCCCCAUCUUGACGGUGGUUAUAGGUUCCUACCUGAUUGCACAUGGUUUUUUCAGCGUGUAUGGGAUGUGCGUGGACACUCUCUUCCUGUGUUUCUUGGAAGAUUUGGAGAGAAAUGAUGGUUCCACCGAGAGACCAUACUUCAUGUCGGCAAAUCUGCAGAAACUCCUAAAUAAGAAGAACGUGGAUCAAUCUGAUAAAUAAUCUUCUGAUUAUUGUAGUUUACCACCCCCACGCCAAUAGUUAUUACUGGGGGGAAAAGAAUUUGAGUUAAUUGUGUUACAUGUUCAUGCAUUUUAUGAGUUAACAUAAAUGUUUUUUAUAUUGGUUUGUAUGUACUGUUAAAAUUUAAAUUGCUUGUUUCUAUAAAAUGUAUAAUGUACACCUACUUGUAUGCAGUAUGUAUCUUUUAGAAGUUGUUGGCCUUUUUUGUUGUAUGUGUCCAGAUUUUCAAUAUUAUGGAUGUAUACAAAUGUAUAAGUGGUUAGACAAUCCUUGCAAUUUUAUAUGCGUGUGUAUGUAUGAGUGUUAUGAAGAUUCCAUUCUGUAAGCAUGUAAUCUGUAGACAUAUAAUUUAUAAAUAUAUUUCCAUUUAAGACUCAGUACUUCAUGUAGUUUCCUUUAAAUCAUUACAAACUUGGUGAAAUUAUUUUGAAGAGUGCGUUCCAAACUGGAUAUAUAUAUAUAGAGAGAGAGAUCCAUCCAUAGAUCUCCAUAGAUCCAAGCAGGGACUGCAUUCACUGGAUUUAGAAAAUAAAUUUAUUUAUUAAAUGGUAACGGCACUCUCCAGUCUUUUUUUGCAUAUAUCCUCUUUGACGUUUCAGUGUUUCCCCCUUUAUCAAACCACAAACAAGAAAUAGUACUAGGUUUGUGGUUUGAUAAAGGGGGAAACCCCGAAACGUCAUUAAAAAGGAUAUAUACAAAAAAGACCGGAGAGUGCCAUGAUUUGGAUUGAUAUGCACUUUGUUUAUAUAUAUACACACACACACACAAUGUGCCUGAAGUGUGACUGUGGAUGGGACAUCUAUUCCAAACCUUAUCUAAACUUUUUUUUUUUUUUACAAAACCCACCAAAUGUUAAGGGAUUUUUGUAGCUAAAUAAUUUGCUAAGCUUUUCUAAAGGCUUGGACUGUUCCCCAUGAUAUUAUAUACACACAGGUUUAUAUAUUAAUAAACGGCAUGUCAGUGUAUGUUUACAUUUGUAAACUUGCAUGGAAAUGAGUGUGUGCGCACUGAUAAAUGUGUUUGGAGCAUUAGAGGGACACACAACCAUUGUGUAAUUAGCCCCUGUUUGUACAAUAUAGACUAGUCUAGUGUAAUUAAGAUUUUUCCAUAGGGUAAUGUAUUAAAUGUUGUUGAAAAAUAGCCCUGCACCUUAUUCCCCUUGUGGUGCCCCCCCCCCCCCUCAAGUGUGGCGGUGCAGCCACUAAGUUGCACAGAUCUUUACUACAUUCUUAUUGUUUAGCGAUACUGACAGGCUGACUGGAGGCCGAGGGAUUGUGCACCCUUGCUUGGCACACACGGUGGAGACGGGAUGGAAGACCGAUAGGGUGCGAGUAAACUGGGACCUAUUUUUAAGUAAAAUGUAAUUGUUUUAACUUGGAUAAUUGUCUUAUAAUACAAACUGGGACUUUUUACAUAUUGUGUUUUACAUCCCUUAACCUUUCAUAGAACAUAAUAUUGAUAAUGUGAGCUUAAUGCAUGUUACAAUGAAGGCACCUACUAAAAAUACAAGUUUCCUUAUUUAUUUCUGUCGUUUACAUUUACCAACUACAUACUACACAGACGUAGCUGAGAUUUAGUUCAGGAACCUCUACAGCAAAGAUGAUUAAAAAAAUUAACUUGAUGUUUUUUUGGGGGGAAUUUUCUUGUUUAAAGAACACUCAAUUGUACAAUCAAAAGAACUUAAUUACUGAUAAUAAAUUAUUCAGUGACAUUAGUGUCCCUUUAAGAUUGUGAAACCCAGUAAACCUUCUUUAGGGGAAUGAGGCUUGGAGGUAGUUACAUAUGGGCAUACCGUAUUUGCACUUAUAGAUGUUUGUAUGUAUGCGUGGGGUCCUUAUAUUGAUAUAAAUGCAUGAACAUCACUACUUUUUUGAGCAUGAUUAAGGGCGGAGUGCUUAAAACAUUACACAAUUCUUGUGACUCUGAAUGAAAAAUCAUAAAGGAGACUAUGCUGUUGGAGGGACUUUGUGAAUUAUUUUGAAGUAUAUGCAUUUCUCAGAACUCAGACACCCCUUGGACCCAUUUUAAAGUCCUGUACUAGAAGAAAUGUAAAUGAGCAUGUAGGUAUUUUUAUUGCCAGCUGUCACCAUAAGCAUGUGACAAUGUUGCUUCUAUCAAGACUAAAUAAAGACACAUUUAACGCAGACCUUUUGAACGAAAAAGAAAAAUUAAACUUUAACCCUUGCAAGCGUUUGCUGCUUUUGUUGCUAUGCGGUGUUAAUGUAAGCAUGUAUAUCCAUUUAUAUCAGUAUUUUCUUAAUGUGUGUGUGUGUGUGUGUAACAGAAUGCAUAAACAUAGAAUAUGUAACCUUUUAUUAAAAUGGAAUAUGUGUACAACAUUAAACCUAUGGUAUAUGGAUAUGUAUUUAAGUAUAUGCGCAUUUGGAAGUAUUGAGAUGUAUGUAAACUUAUGCAGUAAUAGUCACACCGGUGAAAUCGCUUAACCUCCAAUAUAGGAAGAAGUGUUUGCGAUACUUGAUAGAAUUCAAUGAUAAAUUUGUGAACUUCUAACAUAUGCAAAGGGUUAACCAAAUUCUAGACAAAUUACAGUGCAAUAAUAUGUUCUAAAGUCAUUGGAGCAUUGUAUCAUUGUGCUAGGAAGUCUCGAUAUAGCAAUGUGUAUAUGGCUAGAUUCAUGUGCGGGUUUAAGGGAUACGAAACGCAAAAACAAUUCCUUCAAGAUUCAGAUAGCGCAUGUCAUUUGAAACAACUUUCCAAUUGGCAGCCGAUUUGCAAGAAUGUUAUACAUUUGCAAGAGCAUUAGAUGGCAGCACUUUUUCCUGCCAUAUAGUAAUCCAGACAUUUGUACUAUAGGUAUAUCUUCAACAAAGAAUACACAGAGAACAAAGCACAUUUAAUACUAAAAGGCAAUUGGACACUUUUGUAAAAAUGUAUGCUCUACCUGAAACACAAAAUAAAAAAAAUUGUGUUUUUAUGGCCCUUUUAAAUAUGCACAUGUAUUUAUUGGUUAAUUGGUGGUCAGACAUCGGCCACAUAGACGUGUGAGCAAUGAUAAAGUGUGGAUAUGUAUGACUCUGUGCCUUUCUUUAGAUGCAUAGUUUAGAUUUAACUAUAUGCAGAGCUUGGAUAUUUGAGAGAAUUAAGAACAUACACAGGAUGUACGUGUGUGAAAUAGAAUUUCACACACAUGAUAAAACUAUGUUAGCCCUACGGAAUCUGUUGGCGCUCUACAAAUAACAGAUAAUAAAUAAUAAUAUGUACAACAGUGUACACUUUAUUAGGCUUUUAUAGUUUAAAAAAAACUGUAAAUGUACUAAUUUCUCUUUUUCUAAAUAUGCAAAUUGAUCUGUGUGGGUAUAUACAUACAUGUUAGUGGAUUUGUCCUUCUCAUUGUAUGCACACCCUCAAUAGAUAUAUGGAUUUAUAUGCAUUAUUGUAAGUGUACAUAUACACACACCUAAUUGGUAUUUAUUGAUAAGCAUAACACAAUGUGUAUCAGUUUGAGAGUGUAUGGCAAUAUUUGUAUAAAAGUAUGUCUGUCAUUAUAUCCAGUAGUGUGUAUUUAUCUACAUGUGCGUACAUACAUUUCUCUUUUCCAGUAUAUUAAUAUAAUACAUUACAGGGACAGUGGACAUAAACAUUUCUGUUAUUCAUAUGAAAGAUAAUUUAAGCAUGUUUAUUUAUUUUGGGGGAAUUUUUUUUUCCCCUGUGAAAAUUUUUUAGAUAAAGGCUGUUUAAAUUGGAAACUAACUCAACUGUAUCGGUUAUGUACAUCCUAUUAAUGCUUACUUGAUGGUUCUGAUAGGUGCUCAUACCCAAUGAGAAUUAACAGGAAGUGCCUAUCAGCCAGUGAUCAUUACCAGGAAGUUUACAACUGUAUCAGUUUAAAUUUAAAGCUUUUACAUCACAAAAAAAUAAAAAUAAACCAUAAAUGCUGCUCUCAUAUGAAUGAUAAAAUAUUUUUUGACUACAAUAUCCCUUUCUGUACUAACAGCUGUCAAAGACCUGCAUAUAUUUAUGAACACAAUUAACAGCCUCCCCCCCCAUACUAACUUGAAAUUCUGUUUGUGUAAAUCCAAUUCGCCAAAAAGUACAUACAAUAUUUGUAACUAUUUUGUUAUUUAAACAGAUCUAAAACUGGAUUAUUUUAUGUAUUUUUUUUUUUUAUACAUUUUUUUUUAUUUUUUAUUCUGUCACUGCAUGCUAAACUGCAUAUAAAACUACAUAAUACAAUCUGAAAUGUUUACAGGAGCAUUUAUGUUACUAUAUGUGCAAUGUUUUUAUCAACCUGUUUUUUUCUGCCUUUGGAAGAUUGUCUUGAAAUAAAAUUCCUUUUCGUAUAUACAA